ACACAUUCCACUGGACUAUUUUUAAACUGAAGAAACAUGGCGGCCAUCGGACAUUUUCCGACGAGCCUUUAAACUGUCGGUCGCAAAAGUACCCGAAAAUCGCACAAUAUAAUAAUGUAAAGUUAAAUAAUUUGUAGUGCCGAUAGUGACAAGUGCAUAUUAAAUUUUGUUUAGAAAUAAAUUUUGUAAGUUGUGUCUAAAUACGACUACAUCAAUUUUUGGGUGGAUUUUAAAUUUGUAGAAACUGAUUCAAAAUGGUGGUAGGGGAAGGAAUAAACAACAUAAUGGGGGGAAUAGAAAACACAGGGACUGUAAAACAACACAAUCACAAAAAGAAACUUCGGCAAAGGUUUGAUAUAAUAAAGAAACUAGGUCAAGGAACUUUUGGUAAAGUGCAGCUAGGUAUAAAUAAAGAGACUGGCCAAGAGGUUGCUAUUAAAACCAUAAAGAAAUCAAAAAUUGAAUCAGAAGCUGACUUAGUUAGAAUUAGAAGAGAGAUCCAAAUUAUGUCUUCAGUACAACAUCCUAAUAUAAUUCACAUAUAUGAAGUCUUUGAAAAUAGGGAGAAGAUGGUUCUAGUCAUGGAAUAUGCCGCUGGCGGUGAAUUAUACGAUUAUUUAUCGGACCGUAAGGUGCUAGACGAAGACGAAGCCAGAAGAAUAUUUAGACAAAUAGCCACUGCUUGUUACUACUGCCACAAGCACAAGAUUUGUCAUCGAGAUCUCAAGUUAGAAAACAUUUUACUCGACGAAAACAAUAAUGCCAAGAUUGCAGAUUUUGGAUUAUCUAACGUUUUUGACGAUCAAAGACUUCUGAAUACUUUCUGUGGUUCACCUUUAUAUGCCUCUCCCGAAAUAGUCAAAGGAACUCCCUACCAUGGUCCCGAAGUCGAUUGUUGGUCACUCGGGGUAUUACUCUAUACAUUGGUGUAUGGAGCUAUGCCCUUCGAUGGUAGUAACUUCAAAAGACUGGUUAAACAGAUCUCACAAGGAGAUUAUUUUGAACCCGCCAAACCUAGUCCCGCGUCUCCUUUGAUACGCGAAAUGUUAACGGUAAACCCAAAACACCGAGCCGAUGUGGAAAAAAUAUGUAGUCACUGGUGGGUAAAUGAAGGCUAUGAUGAAAAUUGUCUGGACAUCUCCGAAGAAUUAGCUAACCAAACUCCAGUCCGCUUGGAUGUCUUGUUAGCCUUGGCUCCCCCUCCACCUCAACUGGAAAGCGAUAAACUCAUGUUAACAGGAGAUGAAAACGCCCCACCGAAGGCAACAGAAGCUGUUGCACCAACCAGAUCUCAGUCUGUUGGUAGUUUGAUGGAACUUACCCAUACCCAUCCAGCUGAAAGAAGGAUAAUAGACAUGCUAAUGGAAGAUAAGAUUACACCUAAGAGGAAAUUAGAAACAACUGUCAGUACUGAUAGGGCAAAUUUGGACAAGCGGAAAGAAAAAAUUAUUAAAGAAAAUACAGUUGCUGAUAUUACCGUACACGGAGCACACAAAGAAAUCGAAGAAGCAGAAGAAAACAAACCAUUACCCUUAGACAAAAGUUCAACUCAAACUCUAUCAAAAGAAAUGGAAGUGGAACAAGAAGUAAUUGACCCUAAUCUACAAGGAGCAGCAUGCGCACAAAUUUUAGAAGAAGCAGAGAAAAAGAAAACGCAGAAACUUAAAAAAUCGUUAACAAAAACUAUUAGCAACAAUAUUUUGGAGAAUAUCCACGAAAUGCCUAGUCAAGAAAACGUAGCCGAUACGUUAAACAAGGAAAACGUGGUAGAAAGACCCAAGGAGGAAGUUAAAGAACAAGAACCGCCAAAGACGGAAGGUAAAAAAGCUGAAGCUAAAGCUCCUGCAAAGAAGAAAACUGUGAAAAAGGUUUUAACUGAUAAAAAUGAAAACACAAAUACUGAAGCCCCAGUUGUUGAACUGGAAAAACCGAAAAAAGAAGAAACUCCUCCAAAAGAAACGAAAGAACCUUCACCUGAGCAACCAUCCAAACCAAUAGAACGACGAAGAUCAAGAAUAUUUGAAGCCGCAGAGAAAUUCCAGAAUCUCAUCUCCCCAACAGAAGCAAAACCUACAGUUACCGAAAAACCAAAGAAAAUACUUAUACCUGGUGUUAGCGUCGAUGGUUUCAAAAAGGAAUUUGAAAGAAAAGCGAGCUUGACCUCAAGUACUCCCGUUAAAGUUAAAGGUGCCUUAAACAAAAAAAUCCCUGUUAAAAAGUCUGAAGAAAAAGAACAAAUAGAAGAACCUGUAGUUGAAAAGCCUGAAGAGGAGCCAAAAGAGACUGAACAAGAUAAAAAGGAGCGUGUUCGGAACGCUGUUAGUAUUAUCUCAAGUGCCUUAGAUAAAGAAGGAGCAAGAAAAUCAAAAUCUCGACCGUGCAUAGAAAGGAAACCUCCCGUACCUUUCGGAGUUGGCGGGCGAUCGGCGUCUGGUAACAUUGGUAUGCUGACUCAACCCCUUUCACCACCACCAGGACCAAAACCUUAUGUGCCACCUAAGCUAGACAACUUGCCAGUCCAAAAAGUAGAAGACAAGCCACAGGACGUCGAAGAAAAUAAAGUAUCUUCUGCCGAAAUAACAUUAAAAUCUGCUACUUUGCCCAGGAGAAAGACUGCUAAAGCUGAGAUACAAUUGAACUACCCUGUGCCUGCCGCAAUGGGAUUCAAGACUGAAAUGGCUCACAACGUUGAAGGUUACAAUCCACAACGAACAGAAGUCAUAGUUCCUGUUACCGAAGUUACUCUACCAAGGCCAAAACAAGACAACUCUUCAAGGGAGAGGAUAAUACCCAUAGCGUUCGAAAAACAAGAGAGUCAAGAACCGAUUCAUUCGCCUCCUCCUAUAAAACCUCCUGCUGCGAGAGUUUUCCAAACUCAACGAUCCAAUAGUUCUCAAAAAUCGAAUCUGUCUCGGCAGUCGACCCAAGAUUCGGACACAGAGACUGUAGCGUCUACUGGUGAACCUAUAAGAAAGUCUCCUAGAGAAUUUAUUAUUCCAAUUGCCGUAGAAGGUGGAGGCUACGUUACACCUAGAGCAGGAAGUUUAGAACCCAGUGAUACAUCUAGUACUACUAGUACCAUGACAAAUAGGAGGAAGAGCAAGUUUGGAAAAGGAACCAGAAGACUCAAUUCAUUCUUUGGCGAUAGAGACUCCGAGGAUGAAUCAUCACCGUUUUCUGCGUUCCAUCAUCCAAAAGAUAGUGAUAAUGAAGAUCCUAGGAGGGAUGCUUUCCACAGGCUAAGAACCACUCGUACCAAGAAGGCAAAUAUGGAACACGCAGAUUCCGUUAGCUCUGGAGACGAGGAUGACGAUGAAGGUUUUGAAAUAUUAACAGCAGAAAACCUCUUCUCCACGCUUCUUUCUAGGGUCAGAGAUUUAACUCAAAGGUUAAAUGUAGAUGAAGGAAUGAGACCUGGAUUUCCAUCUAGUAGAUUGUUUAGCCACUUUGAUCAUGGAACGAAUUUCUUUAAUAGAAUAGAGCAUCCCUUAUCUAGGCAUUCAUCUUUAGGUAGAACUCUUAAUAGAGACAGACCCAUUACUAAAACAACGAUGGGUAGCAGCUUUGGAGUACCGUGGAGGCGAAGCGUUAGCCGGGAUCUUGCCUCCGAUAUAGACAGCGUGUUCCAAAGCUCCAAUGCAGCACCCACACCUCGCCCUACUGAUGAAUCGAAGGACGAAAACCUCAAUUUAGCAGAUCUAGAUUUAAAAAAAUUAAAACUGUCCGAUGAAGACGCUUUGGCACUAUCAUUUUUAACACCCGGCCUUUCAAAACGUAUCCAAAAGCAGCUGCUUGCCCAACUAGCUCCGUCUGAAGCUCGAAAAUUGCACAGAACAAUGUCUUCAUGCACGUCGGAAGAAAACAAAAAUAGUCUAAACGGUAGAUCCACUCUGCCUAGAAGAUACUCCGUUGAAAAUAACGCAUUAAGAGAAAGCGUAGACGCUAUUAAAGAAGAAAAAGUACAAAGGUCUUUCCUUCCCGUUAAAAGAGAUGAGUAUAGACCUUCAGAAUUUAGUAUUAGAUCAUCUAGUAUAGGUGCUGAACCUAGAUGCGAUAAUAGAUUCCUUAGAAAACCUAGAGUGACCCACUCUGCAUCUUUACGGGAACCUAGAAUGUACGGCUCGAAGAGUGAUCUACAAAGCCCAGAUUCCAGUAUCUCAGAAAGUAUUUCUACUUCUUACAAAAAUGACAGUUCAAAAUGUAUCUCGGAUUCGUCAGUGUCUAGACCUUAUUCGAAAUAUUCUUCAGAAUCUUUGUACAGUAGAUAUUCACCGAAUAAUAAAUCCUUGGAAGCCAUGGAUUCUAAGACUGAUUUACAAAAACCGUCCUCUUCUAAGAAGGUUUCUAGAUUUUUAAGGCCAGAUUUCUUCGAUGGACCCAAAGAUGAAAAUAUUUACCUAAGAGACAAAAAAGAACGUGAAAUGGAGACACAGAAAGUUUUGAAAGAGAUCAGAGAUAAAAGGAAAGGUAGAUUGUAUUCGAAAAGGGAAGGUUCGAUCACAAGAGAUAAAUCUGAAGACGAGUCUCUUAGAGAGACUGAUAACAUAUUAGAUAAGGUAUCUGAUAGUAUUAAAAAUUUGGAAAACGCUAAUAAUAGUAAUAUUAUUCACGAUUAUGUUAAUGUUACCGGUGCUACUUCCAACUGUGAUUUAUUAAAUGAUAAUGGGAUUGACAAAACAGAUAAUGAUAAAAUUGUACACGACUACGUUAAUGUUAAGACAUCUAAGACACCUUUAAAAAAAGAUAAGCCGUCUAGAAUUGCAAGACCCAAGAGUUUUCCUAUAGAAAAUAUUGUAAAAGAAAGCACUAAGGAAACGGUCACAAAAAACACCAGUAAAGAAAACGGUAAAGAAAACGGCAAAGAAAAUGGUAAGGAAAAAGCUUCUCCUGAAAAGGAAUCAAAAUUAAGCCGAUUAAGAAAGGGUUUCAGUAAAAAAGAAAAAACAAAAGAAGAUAAAAACGAAACCAAUAAAAGUAUAAACGAAGAAGAUAAAGUACAGAAAAACAAAUUACUGCUUUCUUUGGAGAAGAAAUUUGAAAAGUUUAGAGCCUCUAAAGAUUCCCAAGUUCCACCAGAAAAGAAAUCUGCUGUUGAAAGUACUAUCAAAAGAUUGCGUGAACAGAGUUUACCUCGAAAUUUAGAGCAUUGCACUGAAUCAGGUUUGAUAAAGAGAGCUGUAUCAGUUGAAGAUUUAUCUGGUAGUAAACCUUUGCAAGCUUCAAGAAAAUCUGUCACAAAAAUCUUGGGACUCUUCAAAAAAUACGAGGAGCAAGAAAAGAAAAAGACAGUAAAGAAACAAAAAAAUAAAAACGACAAAAAGGACACUGAAAAUCGUAAGGAAACUGUGAUUAAUAACGAUCAAAAUCAAAACGUCAAUUCAAAUAGUGAUACUAGUCAAGUUGAUAGUAAAAAGGAACGGCCUAAAUCUCUUUUAAUCGACAAAAUGAAGCAGUUCCAGAACGGCACCACUACUAAAGAAACCAAACCAAAGUCUAAACUUCCCGUGAAUUCUUACAGACGUAGCUUAAAUUUGGAUAAUAUGUCUGACGCCGUUAACAAUAAUAGUAGCAAUAACGUCGAAAAACCUGACAGAAGAAACCUAAAGCUCGAUUUUACCAAAAUACAAAGUAGAAGUGAACCCGUUGUGAUCAAAGAACCUGUUCCUAGUACCAGCGCACACGACGACAAUUUCAACGAGAAUAGGAACUCUCUAGCGAUGACAGAUGACAGUUCAACUGUACUAUCACCUUCUGAUGACUACCAGAGCUGUGAUUCGUGGUCGGUAAUGUCAGAAUAUCCGAAUCUUAACGAGUUACAUUCACCUAUAUCUCCGAAUGGAUAUUUCUAUUCAGGAGACGAGAAUGAGUCUGUGAUCGAUAGAAUUAGAAGAAAGAGUUUCUACACUAGGUUCAACGAGAAGAAGAAGAUGAGGAAACCAAAUAAUUAUAAUUUAGAUUAUGGAUAUAAGAGUCCUACGGAUUAUAGUUCUCUAGAUAGGAAGAAUUAUGACUACAGGUCAUCUUCUAUUACUCGUAGGCCUAGUUAUAUUGCCACUGCUCAAGAACCAGCUAGAACAUAUAGACCUUAUUCUAGAAGCUCCUCGUUGUUAAAUGAUUACGUCAAUGUGCCCAAUCGCUAUCAGACUUAUAGUUCCAAAAUUGGUAGACCUAUUUCCUCAAUGUACUCCGAUUCUGAAGAUAAUACCAUUGAUGAUUUGUUGACAACUGCUAAACCUAGAAAUUACAGUUUAUCUACACCUCCAUCCAGGUUGAGUCGAAGGUCUGUUUCACCCGGUAAUGAAUACUUUCUUGGUCACACGUCUUCCUCAUUGGUCCCGCCAAAUAUGCCUGACCCGAACUGAGUUCACAUAGAGAACUUCACCUAAAAAAUAAUAUUUCUAGUUUGGUUUAUACAAAAUCCGGGAAAAAUUGCUGUCCUUGCCAAUUGAAAAUACUUUUUGGAUGUAUUUUAUGUAGAUCAAGUCAGGGACAUUAUUGUUUGAUGUAUUUUUCUAUAAUGAAUUUCACUAUACCGUUUGGUACUCUUUUUAUUUUGCAGUAUUCCGUAUUAGUACUGCACUUUAUUUUACAAUGGUAUUUUGGUCAAGUGCAAUGUUUAAAGACAAUUUGUUGAUAUUUAUUAUUGUUUGAUCACAUUGUUAAUACUACCAAUGCUUGUAUAAGUUAUAAGUACUUCUAUAAGCCUAAACGUAUACAAGGAAGUUAAAAAGAAUUGAGGCCCCCAAUUAUUACCUCUGAUUGUACUGAGGUAUUUAUCUAAUAUUUACAUAUAUUGAUUGCCAACAGAAGGCACAAACUCCAUGGUCUUUUAUUUUAUAGUCCAACUCUAUGAUUUUAGCUACCAGCCACCUUGCCAAAGUUUUGAUACUACAUAUUUAUAUGAACUAAAUAAGGCUGAAGAAAAUAUAGGUAUAUACUUCUAGUGGUAUGGUGAUAUGUAUAUAUAUAUAUAUAUAUAUAUAUAUAUAUAUAUAUAUAUAUAUAUUAUACAAAGUAAAUUAUAGAGAAUUGUUCAAAUUCUAACGGUAUAUUCAGAAACCAAAAAUAUUUUUUGCUUACAACUCAUCUCUUGCCGUACUGCUCCUCCAUAGGUUAAUCAGACCUAACUUAAUCAGGACUUUAAGGAACGACAAAAAAGUUACCACUUAUGAACUCAAAUUUAAUAAUAUUAUGUUCUUAUUUAUUUUGUUAAAAAACAGCUAUAUCUUAAUCUUCGGACAAGUGUCAGAAAAAAUGAUUGAUUUAAAAAAAAUAUGUUUUGAUUAUCAUCAUCAGCUACAGCCCUAGUUGAGCCUCAAUCUUCCCCAGUCUAUAUCGCUAGUCGUUUCUGUUCAUCGUCAACUGAUGAUGAUGAUGAUGAUGAUGAUAUACCGUCUCUCUAUCUCAGUUUUGGUCUACCUUUACUUCUAUUUCCUAAUGGUACCACUAAUAGGGUUCGUUUGGGUGGGUAAUUUUCAUUUGCUCUCGACACAUCUACUCUCAUGGUGUCCAGCCCAUCUAAACCUACCAUUUUUAUGGAAAAUAUUGCAUCUCUACCAUUUAAUAUUUCUUUAUGUUAUACUUCUCAUGUAAUUCGAAUUUAUAUCGCCUUUUCCAAAUACCAUCCUCGUUGAUUGCGCCCAUUAAAUAUGCUUUAAUUUUACAAAUUAACACUGUUGCUCCGAAUUAUUUGUGGCUUCUGAGCAUAUAAUUAGCUAGAAUUUGGCUUACGUGGCUCUCUUUAUGUAUGGUAACUGAGGCACUUCCUAUUUAAAUUAACCAAAUAUCACACAUCAUAUUGGUAUGUGACAUCUUUGAUUGACUAGUUUCUGUAAAUUAAAUACUAUAGAAUUAUAGUGAAGGCUAAAUGCGCAAACUAUGAUGUUUCUGACGUUGUAGAAGUUAGAUUGUAUUAUUUUUCUUUAAAACUAUAAUAUAAUGCCGAGUUGCGUAAAACACAGAUGUAGCAAUUUUUUAGAUCGUGUAGUGAUAUUAUACACCUCCUUUUCAAUAUUUUUUAAUAGGGAUAGGACACUUAGCAAUGUAGUAAUGUUUAAUUACUAUGUUCUCUUGUUCGGAGAAAAUUGUUGUAGGUGUUGCUAAUUGUUGAAAACGUUACCAAUGAAUAGAACCAGUGAAGCUAGUUAAUCUGUGAUAGUUUGUAUUAUAAAUGCAAUUUGUACUAAAAAAGAACUGACUGUGUUUUGCAUAGCUUUUGGGCAAGGGUGAUUUCAAAGAGGCAAUGUACCAAUAAAUGUCAAGUUUAAUCGUAACUGUACCGUAAACGAUAUUUGAACAAAAUGUAUGUGAUAUUGUAAGAAGGCUAUCAUUCUAAAAGUGUCGUAAAUACAUUUAAAUCAUUUUAAGAAAAUAGGAAAAAAGAAAUACUAAUAAGUCUUGGUAUUAGUACUUUUGUACCACUAAACUCAGUCAUAUAUCUUAAGAAGAUCAAUAUUAUAUUAUAUGAUGAUUACACAGGUCAACAUGAAUUUUGAGUCUGAGUUCUGUACCUCUGAUUUUGAUUACUUAAGCCUAACUAAAGAAAGAAAAAAUAUUUUUAUUUAAUAAAGUUUACUUUUGUACUUACCAGAACUAAAUUUAAAAUUUUAUGAAAAAGCUCUAUUUUUUAAUUUAAAUUAUUUUUAAAAUUAAACAAAUUUUGAAUUACAUAUUUUUAUUAACUUUAAUUAUAAAAGACGGCAUAUGUGAAACCCAUAAAUACAAAAGAGAAUACAAACAAACUUUAAAAUGAAUAUUUUUAUUUGUGUACAUAAGGACUGUCUCUUAUGAGCCCACAAAUGUAGUAACCUAUCAUGUUCUCAUUAUAUUCUCCUUCAUACAGCUGUUCGAAGUUCAUUACAUCUUGGUGAAAGCGUUCCCCUUGCUCUUCUGAAUUUGCACCGAAGUUGUCUUUAAAUUGAACCAAGUGAGCAUGUAGCAUGUGUACUUUAAGGUACAUCCUGCAACUCAUGACUUUGAAGCUGCCAAGCAUAUUAGAAAUAAGCUCUUUGUAAUUGUCAGCCUUUGACAGUUUUGGAAAAAUUGUCUUAAAAAUUGAAAGGCCUCACAGCCUUUACGAACUGUUUCAUGAGACUUAAUUUUAUGGAGGCAUUCAAGCAUGAUGGGGCUCCACAUUUAAAACUCGCUCCGAUGACACCAUGAGUGCUGCUGGUAGUGAAGUACAUCGGCUCUAUUAUCCCAUAAGCAAAGGUAAUGUGGAUAUUUAGUGUAUCCACCUUGCAUUCGCACUAGAAAACUAAUCAUUUUGAAAUCCCCCAUCACUGACCAGACGUAUUCUUCAUAUUUCAAAACUAAAGCACCAUUUUAACGCUCUCGUAAUUUUCUUUGAUAAUUACAGAGAACGAAGCCGAACUCGGUACCCAACACAGACUAGUGACAGCAGAGAUAAACAUGAAACUUAUGGAAAUAAUAGAGAGUCCUCAAUAUACAAGAAUAGCAAUACAUAAGAUGAAAAAUAUGGAAGUGAGGAAGUUAUACCAAAGAGAGACACAUAAAAUACUGGAACAGCAUGAAAACAAUGAGGAAAUAUGGAAUAUCGAAGAGAGAUGGAAAAAAUUGAGAGACACGUUAUGGAACACUGCAAAACAAGUAUGUGGAAUAAGAAAGAAUGGGAAGAAUAAUAAAAGAACUGGAUGGUGGAAUAAGGAAAUAAAGCAAGCAGUAAAAAAGAAGAAAGAAAUGUGGAAGCGAUACAUAAACACAAACGAAGAGCAAGACAGAGACGAAUACAGAAGACAGAAAUAUAGUGAAAUAACUAGUAAAAGAUGCGAAGAAGAAGAGCUGGAAGGAAUUCGGUGAAGAAUUGAACGAAGGUUUUGAGAAUAACAAUAAACAGUUUUGGAAUGAAAUAAGAAGCAUGAAAGGAACAAAAAGGAAACAAAUAAGAGGAAUUUGAAAUGAGCGAAAUGAAUUGAAAACAAACAUACAGGAAAUACUAACCAUAUGGAAUAAGCACUAUAAAGAAAAAUUCGAGACAAGCAACCAACAAAAUGAGCAGAGAGGACAGCAGGAAAGGGAAGAGGAUAGGGACAAUCGAGUAAACGAAAUUCAUAUCAAAGAUAUUGAAGAAGAAUUGGCAAGAAUAAAGAUUGGAAAAGCGAGAGGUGCAGAUGACAUAGAUCCGGAGAUGAUGAAGUACGUGGGAGAACGAGGCAAGCUUUGGCUACUGGAAAUAAUGAGGGAAGCAUGGAGAACAGAAAAAAUACCGAAAGAUUGGGAAGAAAAUUUAUUGAUACCAAUACACAAGAAAGGAGAUGAAGCGAAAGUGAUAACUAUAGGGCUAUAUGCUUAUCAUCAGUGGCAUACAAAGUCUACACCGGGAUAAUAGAAAGGAAGCUCAGAAAAGAACUGGAAGGAAAACUAGAAGAACAAGCGGCUUUUAGGAAGGAAAGAGGAACAACAGAUAAUAUAUACAUACUGAGAAAUAUAAUUGAAAGGAAAAACGAAAUAGGAGAAGACUUAUAUAUUACGUGUAUAGAUAUUAAAGCUGCUUUUGAUUCUAUAAAUAGAGAAGUAAUAUGGUCAGUAAUGGAAAACCUGCAAAUCCCGCAAAAGAUAGUAAGCGUGGUAAAUAGUACAUAUAGAAACGUACUUGCUAAAGUACAAAUAAACGGAAACAGAUCGCCAAUAAUAAACCUAAGGAGAGGAAUAAAAUUGGACAGAAUAAGAAAUGAAGAUAUUAGACAAAAACUGAAACAGGAAUCGAUAAUAACCAAGAUUCAAAAAAGAAAAUUAAAAUGGUAUGGACACAUUAACAGAGUGGACCAAGGAAGACUACCAAAGCAGGUGAUGGAAUCAAAAAGAUAUGGUAAAAGAAGGAAAGGGAGGCCAAGGAAGAGAUGGAUCGAUCAGAUUAUAAAAAUUGGACAGGAUAAAGGAAAAACACAUCAACAAAUAAAAGAGUUAGCAAAGGACCGCAAGAAAUGGAAGAUAUGGAUAGAGGAUGAAUAAAACCUCCGACGCCCCUGAGGGGCAUAAUGGAGUUUCGAGAAAGAGAAGAAGAAUUACAGAAUGAGCCAGAGGAAGAGAUGCAAAUCUAUUUCCAUUUUGAAGAACAACUGUCUCAAGCUUCUUGUAGAGUUGCCAAACAAAAUUUUUUGACUCCCACUUUAAUGAAUUCGCCACAAAUAUAGCAAAAAGAGUCAACGUCAUUUUUAUACUUUUUAAAGACAUUUUUAGGCCUUGAGGCACAUAAAAUACGUUUUUCUAUUGCAAUGCUAACGCGCACACUACCAUGUCAGUCUGCCACUUCUCGUUUCCCACUUACAGUCCCCUCUCACCCCUCUAUGGUAUCUUAAUGCAACGGCUCCUCAAAAAAAUCUGCCAAAAGACCGUAUAUUUAUUUUUUAUUAUCUAAAGCUACAAAAGCAAACUUUAUUUAUUAUUUAUGCAGUUUUUACUUAAUUUUCUAUGUAUACAAACAGAAAAUAUUUACUAAAUAACAGACUCAAAAAAAAACCUGUGUUAUUCAUUAAUUUUUUUUAUAUGCAUUCGCUUAUUGCAGAUAAUGCGUUGAGUGUUGAGUUGUCCUUUGUUUUCUAUGGUUUCGGUUCUUCUAUGAACUACAAAUAGAAAGCUAGAAGAUAUUGCGAAUGUCGAUUUUCUGAAGGCAAUGCCAAACCAAUGAGUAGUAGUCUGUCUAGUAUAGCAGCUCUACCCUUAGUCAUUCCGUCCCUCUUUGAACUUUAGAACGUGUAUUACAAGAAAAAGAAAUGGUUUUUUUUAAAUACUUUCUUCAUCUUUUGAACGAUAUUACAAUAUUGUUUGUCCACAUACAGCAUAGCUAAUAGUUUAAGGUGGAUAUUGAGAAUAUGAAAGGGAGCUACAAACAUUGAGGUGAGAGAGUAGCAGAAAUUUUUUCGAGUAUGAAUGGCUUAACUGAGUAAAAGUACAUAUACUUUUGCCACACGUUAGUUUAUUAUCUAAGCUAUCACUACCAAAUCCACAAUGUGUUUCUUUCUUGGACCAUCUUAAAGUCCAUUUAAAUAAAAUUAAACAAUUCGAUUGUUUAAAAUUUAUAAUCUUGACAAAUUAUUUAACUUUUCCUUGUAUGGAGUUUCAUAAGAAUAUUCUAAAAAAAUAAAUGUUGUUGAUUUUAGUGUGGUUACGAUAUAAACUAUAGUAAACAUUCUCCUUAGUAUCACGUUCUAAAGUCUUACUAUAAUUCAUUGUCAAUUAAUAAUACGGAUACUUAUAUUAAGAUCUAAUUAUUUUAAUAACAAUUUUAAAAAGUAGUGAAAUCUGAACCAUUAAGGUAGUUAUCCAGUUAUGUAUCGUGUUUUUGAUGAAUAUGAUAUAUUGACAUGAAUAUGACAUGUGUUUGAAAAAUGUGAAAUUGGUAAAUUUGGCAACACCACGCUUAGAGAGAUCUUUCUGUGUUUCGCGUCGUGAUGACACCAAUCGUAAUAACUUGUAGUGGCACGGUUGUGGUUACGCUAUAAACUAUAGUAAACAUUCUCCUUAGUAUCACGUUCUAAAGUCUUAUUAUUAUUCAUUGUCAAUUAUUAAUACGCAUACUUACUAUUAAGACCUGAUUAUUUUAAUAACUAUUUUAAAAAGUAAUGAAUCCUAACCAUUAAGGUAGUUAUCCAGUUAUGUAUCGUGUUUUAGAUGAAGAUGUGUUUGAAAAAUGUGAAAUUGGUAAAUUUGGCAACAUCGCUCGGGAAGAUCUUUCUGUGUUUCGCGUCGAUCUCACAUAUUGCGUAUUAAGACGCGUUAUAUAGGUAGUGAAUCACUAGCAAAAGAUACACUCAUAGUGACACCAAUUUUAAUAACUUCACGUCAUGCCUCGUUUGUGAGAGGAGUUUACACGGCAAAUAUUUGCUUCAGUGGCGAAUAUGCAGACGUUGGUGGCAGAAGCAUGUCAAGUUAUGUGUGGAGUGAUAGCAGACAGGAUUUUACAAAAUUUGGCAAGAAAAGAGUGGAGUGGAUUCAACAAAAGACAUCUCUAAGUUUCCUGAAGAUUUUAAAAAUUGGCUAAGAUGUCGGAACAACAUUUUCAAUAUUAUAUGGAACUUGUUAGCCCCAAAAAUAAAAAACUAGUAAUAUCAGAGAAGCUCUAUCGGCCAAACUGAAAUUGCAAAUAACACUUCGACAUUUGGCAAGUGGAGACUCUUUAAAAGUUUAGAAUAUUUGAAUCCAUUAUUGUUUAAAGGGGGUAAGCGCCAUUUUCUACUUUUCAAGAUCUUUUCAAAAAGCAAAGGUCUGUAAAGGAGUAAGUGGUCGUGAAUAAAAUGAAGGAGUGUAUGUGUUCCAUUGAUUUUUUUUAUUUUCAAUAUCCAAAUAAAGGGAAUUUUCAUCUGGUAAAUCUCCAUGAAUUUCCGUGGUAGGAGAAUUGCACUUUUUGCACGAAUCUCAGUAGAUGCCACUUGAAUAUCUUGAUUUUCUUCAUUUUGUGUCUCUAUUUCUGUUUCCAUCUCAAUCUCUUCCGUAUCUUCUUCUUCCUGAACUUGUGUCACACUUUGAAGAUCGGCCUCUUUUUCAUAUAGAUUUAUAUUUUCUUCGUCGAUCCUUCUUUCUUCUUCUUGAUGAAUUACAGCUUCUGAUUCCGCAUCCAACAUAUUUUUGUUUAGGUUGUUGAAUGUUCCUCCACAGUCUUCAUCUCCAGUAUCUUCAUCAGUCAAUUCAGUGGGGUCAGGAGGUGCUAGGAAAACAUCUGCACUGGAAGGCGACUCCAUAAGAUUCGAUUCUUCCAGCAUGGACAUAAUUUUAUGUGCUCUUGAUUCGUAAAAUUUUUUUUAGGACGACUAUUAUUAUUAGUACGACCGAAACUGGUCGAGCCAAGUUAAUUUGACAUCUUAUUUCCACCUUCUAGAACAAAAAUGAUUUUUUGUACUAAUAAUAUGCCUUGUGCCCAGUGCGAAUUUGCGAAAACGCAACACUGAUAAUUGGGCAGUUGUACCAACUAGCACAGAUAAAAUAUUAGCACUUACUUCAUAGAUAUAUUUUCUUCAAUGAUUUAACAAUACGUUGCUAUUAAAAACCAAAUUUUUAUCCAGUUAAUUUAUACACAAACGAUUUACUACUAACUAAAAACAUUUGUUUACAGAAAUCAAAAUUAAUCUACCACUUUCAAUACGCCAUCUGUUAAUAGAAACCUAAAUUUUGCGACCAAUUCCCACUAAAACAUACAUAGGAAACUGUUGUGAAAUAAAUCUGAACCUUGACUGCCCGAAUAAGUCAUGUCAUUUUCCAAAAGAUGACGCCAUAGUGGGCUAUGUCAAAAGAACGCACCUCCUCAAAAAAUCAAGCAAACGUUGCACAGAUCAAAUUCUCGAACACAAAUGUCCAAAAUAAAUAUUCUCUCUUAUUAUGGUUUGUAGACAUCUAAAGGAGACCAUAGACAAGUAUUAUAACAUUCUGCUCAAAAUUAAAAAUUACUUUUAAACUUUUUUUCUGUUUUAAAAAUUAUGCGAUACUUUUUGUGAUUAGUGUAUCUAAUGUUUAUCAAGAUCAAUAAACUAGUAUAUUAUGACACUUUUAUAAUGACUAAGACGGCUAUUGAACGUGCUAAAAUCAUUGUAUUACAAUUAGUUUUUAUUUUGAUGAUAGUGGACAGCAAAUUGAUUUUUAAAUAUAAAAUAUUGUUGUUUUAAAAACACCGUUUCGAUUCUAUUAAAUUGAGGUUUUCUACUUAAGCUUCUGCUCUCUUUUAUUUAAUUUUAAGUUCUAAACAUUAUAGAUAUUGUUGAGAAUUGGACUUUUUUUUGAAUAUUACUCGAAUAUGCAAUAACAAUUUCGUUUGUAUAGAUAUUAAAGGAUUUUUCGAAAAAAUAAAAAAGGAUCUUUAAAAAUUUAAUUUUUAUUUUGAAUAAACUAGUCAAUUAUGAUUUCACUUUUUCGAAAAAUUUUAAUAUAAAUGUUUUAUUUGCUUUUAUAACUUAUUGUAUUUAUCUUUGUUUAGUGUUUUAGUAUUUAUUUUGCAGGGAUAGUUUUCAGGAAUUCAAGAUAAUGGGAAAUAUAAGAAUCUUUUUUUAAUUUUCCUUCUUAAUUUAUGAGUUUUUUUUUGUAAAAAAAAAUAUUUUCGUUUUAUUUAUCGUGAAACGCUCGCUUUGAAAAUGUGUUUAAAGUAGAAAUCAAACUCUUACAUAUCUAGUAAAAAAAAUUCUGUUUUUUUUAUUUAUUUAUUUACUUAAUAUAUUUUUUAAUAUGUUAAAUAAUGCAUCUACCUACUUUAAGGUGGGGAUUUUUGUCUACGCAUUGACGAAAAAAAUGCAAAAUUUUGCAUUUAGAAAAAGACUUCUUGACAAAAUUCAGUGUGAAGCACGCAGAAAGCUGUUUCAUAACCAUAUUUUGGAUUUUUGUUUUAAUAAAUCUAAAAAUUGCACUGCUUUGUUUAUCGUUAUAUUUUAUAAUUAUACGUUUUUAAAGCGUUUUGCGUGUUGAUUUUUUGCGACAGAAUGUUAUUAUUUAUAUUUGGUAUAUAUUCCUGAAACCUAUGACGAAUUGAUAUAAAAUAUUUAUUUUACUCAUAAUCCAUUUAUAUCAAAAUCUAUUUAUCAACAUUCUCAUUAAAAUGUAGUGAUAGACUACUAAAAAAUAUACAUAGUAGACAUUGUUGAAGUUUUAAAUAAUUUUAAUAAUAAUGUUGCAAUAUGUAUUUUAUUGUAUUUACUUUUAUUCAGUUUACUUUUUUUCGAUAUUUCACUACAAAUUUUACAAUUGUUAAGUCACCACUUUACCCCCUUUCUUAGGUUGAGGUUUGUGUGAAUUUGUUAGAGUUGUAUGUUGACUUUUGCGAUUUCAUAAAAAAUUCCCAGAAA